CGCGCGUCCCCCGCCGCCCGCGUGGUGCGCUCCAGGGCGGCCCCGGCGGGAGGGCGAGGGCGGCGGCGGCGGCGCAGUCUGCACCAUGGCGUACCCGGGGCACCCUGGCGCCGGCGGCGGGUACUACCCAGGCGGGUAUGGAGGAGCUCCCGGAGGACCUACGUUUCCCGGACAGACUCAGGAUCCGCUCUAUGGCUACUUUGCCGCUGUAGCUGGACAGGAUGGGCAAAUAGAUGCUGAUGAAUUGCAGAGAUGCCUGACCCAGUCAGGCAUUGCUGGAGGAUACAAACCUUUUAACCUGGAGACUUGUCGGCUUAUGGUGUCAAUGCUGGAUAGAGAUAUGUCCGGCACAAUGGGUUUCAAUGAGUUUAAAGAACUCUGGGCUGUGCUGAACGGCUGGAGACAACACUUCAUCAGUUUUGACAGCGACCGGAGCGGCACGGUGGACCCGCAGGAGCUGCAGAAGGCUCUCACCACGAUGGGCUUCCGGUUGAGUCCACAGGCUGUGAAUUCCAUUGCUAAACGCUACAGCACCAAUGGCAAGAUCACCUUCGAUGACUACAUCGCCUGCUGCGUCAAACUGCGAGCCUUGACAGACAGCUUUCGAAGACGGGAUACUGCUCAGCAAGGUGUUGUGAAUUUCCCAUAUGAUGAUUUCAUUCAGUGUGUCAUGAGUGUUUAAAUCAAGAGGAGCUGUAUGAUCGUGACCAACAUUCCGACUGGAGUUCGCUUUUGCUCUUACUCUCUGCCUGCAGUAACGUGUGUAACCUUGCGGUGCUGCUUUUCCUUAAUAGCUGUCAGGAAGGUUUAUUACUUGAUGUACAAUGGAAGUUUUUAGUGUUGAUAAUAAGUUCUUUGGAAUUUUACAAUGAUAAGAUCAAGUCUCUUACACCAUUUGGAACAUCCUUGAGCCAUUGUCAGUGAUGCCUUAUCCUCUGACUAAGCCUCUUUUAUGUAAAAUUCAGUGUGCAGAAUGUUUAAGUCCCGUGGUAUAUAUUUUUCACUGGUUAAAAACCUUUUCAUCAGACUAUAGCUCUUGUCUCUUCCCGGAAGAGCUUUUACAUGGUAUUAAAAGCUUUAUGUAUGGAGUAUUCUUAUCAUGUAAAUGAUUAAUACUCACAUGGAUGCACAACCCAUGGUAAUCCACGUCCGGGUUUGCUUUAGCAGAAACUUAGCACCGGCUCUUUCAGGCUUACACAUUUUUGAUGGCCACGUGAUUAGACAGGGAGCCUAAGAGAUUAUUUUUUCCUGAAAACUCACUGAAUCAGUUGAGUGGCAAAUACAAUCUGUCACCAAGUUCUUUGUCAUUAUGUAUGUAGACCUUUGUUAGCUCUACUUAAAAAUCUUGUAAAUUAUGAGCUUCACUAUGUAAAAAAGAAAACGAUUAAAAAAAUAAGAAACCUAAGGAAAUAUAGGAAAAUAUUAACUGUGGUCAUUUUGGCUUCUGAGAUUCCAGGUGACUGGAAUUUCCUUUAUGGAUUUCAGUCCUUUCCACAUUUUCUGUACCGCGUGCACUUUCCUUUUAAAAUCAGAUGAUAAUGUUUAAAAUACUGAUCAGUCCAUUUUGAUACGCCAUGUGUUCACACUCACAUUAAAAAAUAUACACAGCAAAAGGACCAGACUGAGAGGACCACGAUGUUGGUGCUGCCACCACUGGGAGUCAGAGUCAAGAAUUGAUUUUCUUCCUUCCUACUACUCUUCCAAAUACACUGAUAAACAAGUAUUACACUUGUAAUGGAAGACUUUUUUUUUUCUUCGAAUAUUUAAGCCAUGUGCUUUUAAGAAAUAUCUGGAUUCUCGUUCUGGCUGCGCCUCUUCCUGAAUGUGUGAUUUAAUCUCAGAUACUCUUGGAGCCUCAUCUUCCUCAUCUUGGAGAAGGAGAUUCAUGCUCCUUCAUGGGGUAGUUCUGAAUAUGAAAAAAAUGUGUUGGUAUAAUAAGCACCAGUAAUGUUUCUGUUUGUUAAAUUUAAAACUGGCCUGGUUUGCUCUUUUUUGCAAUAGCAUAGAGAUGAAAUCAAUGAAAUUCGCCUCUUUUCUCCCUGUGAGCAGAAUAUGUGUCUUACUUCAGGGCACAGUGUGAGUGUUACCAUUCAGAUGAUCAGUUAGUUGUCAACCAAUGAAAAAAUAAAGCAUUUCUAAACAUCUUCAA